AUGACCCCUAGGCUGGAUCUUGCGCCGAGGAGAACCCGAGAAAGCACGUCCAAAGUUCGAACUGGAUGCAGCACUUGCAAAGCUCGCCGAGUUAAAUGUGAUGAACUGAAACCCAUAUGUCAACGCUGUGCCAUUGGAGGUCGAAAAUGCGAGUACAAUACCGCACGUACAGCACCACGUCGAACGGUGUUCACGGUAUAUCUGCCUCCUACCCAAAGUCAACCAGUAUUCUUCGUAAACUACGGGGGCCUUGAUUUCUUCCACCAGAGUAUUGCUUCGAAGCUGGACGGACAGUUCGACUCGCAAUUCUGGAGCAAACUUGUACUGCAACUAUCACACUCGGAACCCUCAAUUCGACAUGCUGUAUCAGCCAUUAGCGUCAUUUAUAGAGACGUCGAUUCAUCUUUACUGCAUCCAGCAGGCUAUGUUAAUGCCAACCCUGAGGCUCAACAGGAGUGGAAUACAGCAGUGAAAAGUCUAUCAGCUCGAAUAGAAACGCAUCCAAACUCGAUCUUGGUGCCUUUGGUGUGCUGCCUUCUGUUCACGUGUAUCGAGUUUCUCAGAGGCAAUGGUGAAUCUUCUCUGCUUCACGUUCAGAGUGGAUUCAAAAUUUUAGCCGCACUCCAUCGCAAGGACCAUCAAGCCCCGGGCUCAGGGUCUAGUAUAUCGACCAACGAUCAUAAAACCAUCGAAGAUCACAUCAUUCCGAUUUUCUCACGUCUGAAUGUACUCUGUUCUCUAGCUGGCAUAAUUAUCCCACCCGUAUACGCUUCUACAGCUAACUCAAGAGAAGACUUUCCUCAUGAAGACCUUGGUGAUUCUAGGCAACGACUUGUUGAAGACUUGGAUCUAUGCAUUCGAUUCAUUCACGACGCCAUUCUCAAGGCAGAUAUGUUCCAAAUCAACGUCGACGAUCUCAUUGAACAGGCAAAACUCCAAGCAAGGCUAGAAGUAUGGCGCAACCAACUAGACGAACUUCUUGAACGAAAGCAGGCUGCUGGCAACAUGGCAAAACAGGAUGCGCUCAAUAUACUGUUGGUACAUUAUAAAAUCAUUUACAUCUGGAUACGAGUCUGCACCACAGCUGGAGAAAUGGCGACAGACUCUUACCAUGUCGACUUUGAGGAGCUUGUGCAUUACGCGGAACAGAUCGCCAAGCCGGGCAUGGGAAUGGAAACACCACAAUCCCUGUCUUUUGACAUGCAAAUCCUGGGGCCUCUGUACUUUACUGCGCUGAAAUGCCGGCAUCCUGCAAUAAGAAGACGCGCGUUAGAAAUGCUUCAAUUAGCACCUCGGCGUGAAGGGCUCUGGAACGCACAUUACGCCUACGUAACUGCCAAACGAGUAAUCCAGCUGGAAGAAAGGGACCUCAAUGGACAUGAACUGCCAAAUGAGACUUCGAGGGUUCGUGGUCUCCCUCUGCCCGAUGAUGAAGCACGGAUCUACAGUCUGGGCGAGAUGUCUUUUGAGUAUCGGAAGUUUGAUCACAACGUCAUACCUAGUCCGACUUGCCCGGGGAUUCUUGAAGCUGUUUUCCAGACAAAGCCGUGGGGAGAGUGGGGAGAGCCGCAGACAAUCACGGAGUACAUCAAGCUAUGA